GCGGGCUUUAAGUCGACCCCAAUGAGGGGCGUUCAAACAUUCUCUUCUUUCUGUAGGUCUGGUCAGCUGCGUCGACUCUCAUUCCGUUCCACCGAAAUGUCUCGCAAUUACGAGGCUGCAAUUGCAGCUCUCAAUUCGCUGCAAACCAACUUUGCGGUGGUUGAAGAAUUGAGAAAGUCAGUCUCCCGGCAGGACAUGAAUCUGCGGUCUCUCCCAGAGACUGUAGAGUGGCUUCGACGCAUCGGCUACCAGCCUUCCGACCUGAACCAAAUCAACCCUGUUCAUGUCGCCGGAACCAAGGGUAAAGGCUCAACUUCCUCCUUCAUCUCCUCGAUUCUCUCUCAGUUCACCGCGUCGAACCCCGGCCAGUCGAACACUUCAUUGCGCAGACUCAACAAGGUUGGGCUUUACACCUCGCCUCACCUGCGAUUUGCUCGGGAACGUAUCCAGAUUGACAACACGCCACUCUCCGAGGAAAAGUUCACGAAAUACUUCUUCGAAGUAUGGGAUCGGCUGGAAGAGGCCGCUCAAGUGGCGGGCGAGGAUCCCACAAGCCUGCGAACGAAGCCCCAGUACUUCCGGUAUCUGACCUUGAUGGCAUUCCAUGCCUACAUCAGUGAGGGAGUCGAUGCUGCGGUGAUCGAGUGUGGUAUCGGUGGAGAGUAUGAUUGCACAAACGUGAUUGAAAAGCCAGCCGCGACUGCGAUCACGAGCCUUGGCAUCGACCACACUGCCAUGCUUGGAAACACGAUUGAACAGAUAGCUUGGCAUAAAGCUGGGAUCAUAAAACCUGGGACCAAAGCUUUCAGUGCACCACAGCCCCCAACUGCAGAGAAAGUGUUGCUUGAUCGUGCAGCUGAGAAGGGGACUCAGUUGGAGAUCGUGAGGGGCCACCCCGAGCUAACCUCCGACGGUGAUGUGAAGCUUGGCCUGGCUGGUGAUUUCCAAUAUGCAAAUGCAGCGGUAGCCGUCGCAACAGCUGCCGAAUUCCUCAAGAAGGUUGGAAUCGAAAACCUCCCCUCGGACUUCCUUGAGAAGCCUUUACCACAGACGUUCCGGAAGGGACUCGAGUCCGCUCGGCUAGGAGGCCGUUGCGAAACGCGGAAUGAGAAACGUGUCACCUGGUACAUCGACGGGGGACAUACACUGGAAAGUAUCAAGUUGGCUGGACAGUGGUUCACUUCUCAGAUACACGCCAACUCCUCAUCAACUGCAGCUGCGAACAAGAAAAUGCGUGUGUUGAUCUUCAACCAGCAGACCCGAGAUAGCACUGCUCUUGCCCAAGCUCUUUACGAGACCCUGGCUGCGGCUUUAGGCUCCGAGCAACCUUUCACUCAUGCUAUCUUCUGCACGAACGUGACCUACAAAGAUGCAGGCUACCGGCCCGAUCUUGUAAGCAUGAACACCAAUGCAGAUGACGUGGAAAGAUUGCAGGUCCAGAGAAGCCUUGCGGAGAAGUGGCAGUCGAUUGAUCCACGCACCGAAGUCAAGGUGUAUGGUACCAUUGAGGAAGCUGUCGACUUUGCUCGUGAGCUCGCGACAAAGGAGAGAGACCUUGUUGGCGAAGAUGAGGCUCCUGUCAUGACCUUCGUCACUGGCAGUCUGCAUCUUGUCGGUGGGUUCCUGGAUGUGAUCGAGACCAAGCCCGGUCCGCAAUGAAGACCCGGGUCUCCCUGUAUCUCUUCUGGUUGCUGCUCAUAAUGGAAUCAUGAAUUCUCUCUGCCUCACCACGAGGUUUCAACAACAUAUCUGGUGAUACCCGCAAGCCAAGGCUGAUUUCCUGCCUGCUCAUGUUUGAUGCUAUCAAAAUGGAAGAAAGGGCCAUUUCGUUUCUUUCAACAAUAAUUACUGUCUUUGUCUCCUGUCUCACGUGCCUACACGGAGAUCGGAUAUACUACAUGGCCCCCACUAUUGAAAUCUGGCCAUUUGUUAAUAUAGAUGCCCCUGUAGCUCUAACCAAGC